CCUCUCUCAAUGUUGGUACGCAAAUGUGCUUUGUUUCAAAUGACCCGGUGCUCUUUUUUUGGCGGAGGUGCGCAUGCGCACCUGCGCACCAGUUAUGUGCAGCCCUGUGUAUAAACUGUGUGCAUAUAGGUAAAAUGUAAAUACAGUGGGAUGUGUGUUUUGCUUUAGUCUUUUCUUAUCAAGCUAAUGUGAUUAGUUAACUUAACAAAUAAAGAUUUGGAAGUUGGAGACAUUUAUUUAUAUUUUUUAAACCAAAUUGUUAAGGUUUCACUUUAAACUCUGUUGAAUUGUGAUGACCUGUUUUCACUAUGUUUUGACAAACCAAUCAAUUCAAUAAUGUAUAGAGAAAAUAAUCAACAGAUAACUUUAAAAACAUGAGCUCCACCCUCUAUGGCUCCACCUCAACCAACUAAAACAGUAAUCUUAACUUCAUGCAUGGCUAAUAAUAAUGUAAUUAUAUAUUAUACAAUAGUAUAACACUCACGAAAGACGUUUUCUUUCCAGUGAAUACUUUGACUUUCACCAAACCGUUGCUACAUUUUCCAGAUUAUAAUUACUCUUUAACUCUGUGUGAUAAAGGUACUCUAACGUUAGAUCUAAAUGCUUCCUCCACCACAAAUAAUAGAUAUUUCAAAAUCUCCAGACGCUCUGACACAGAAUAUAUUAUUUCAUCCAAUAAAAUUAAAACAUAUUUUUGAAUACCUUUCCAAGGAGUUUAAGGAAAUUCAAAUAACAUAGACCCAAUAUUACACAUUCCACGUAGGAAUGGAUGACGAUGCGCCAGAUGAAGCCUUUAAGGAGCUGCACACGGGAGACAUUGGAGGAUGGGGUGUUGCUCAGAUAGCUGCUGGCACCGGGCUCGCUGUGUAUGUGAUAUGGACCGGAUUCGUACAGCCAGGCUUCAGGAAAGUCCCCUUGAGGCUACAGGUCCCGUACAUUCCUGCCAGCAGAGUUCAAGUGGAUCAUGUAAUGAACUUGCUGAGAGGCCGAAAGGGAGGGCUUGUGGAUCUGGGGUCAGGUGAUGGCCGCAUUGUCUUGGAAGCUCAUCAGCAAGGUUUCACUCCCGCUGUUGGUUAUGAGCUCAAUCCCUGGCUACUCCGCUUGGCCCGCUUCAAAGCUUGGAGAGCAGGCCAUCAUGAAAAAGUUUCAUACAGACGGGAAGAUCUCUGGAAGGUCGACUUAACAGAAUGCAAAAAUAUCACAGUGUUCUUGGCUCCUAGCGUGCUUUCAUUAUUGCAGAAGAAGUUGGAGGCUGAGCUUCCUGAGGAUGCCUUAGUGAUAGCUGGUCGAUUUCCCUUCCCUGACUGGACACCGUACAGGGUUGAGGGUGAGGGUGUGCACAGAGCCUGGGCAUACAACAUGCAAGCACAAAGACAAAACUCCUUAAAGAAAAAUGACAGCCACGAAAAGCAACCUCAACAAUGAACUCACCAAGGACUAAGGCUCCACUCGAAUAGUUGUCCCUACUCUUUUGGACUCCAGAAUGGGAACAUUAAUUUAUACUGUAUAUAAUUGAGUUACUGCUUAUUAAAAUACCUUCCAUGGAAUAUUGUGGACAUUUAACCUAACUUGACUAUCUGAAUGCUUUUUGACUACAUCUUAAACCAGAUUUUUCAGACAAACUGGGACUGAAAUUUAAAAUUGAAUGUGCUCUCUUCUACAGUCUGGGUCGGGGGAUUCUUUCUUUUGGCAAGGAGUGUGUUAACAUUGAAGGAAAACAACACCUUUGCCACAAGAACACUGUAGAAUUGUUGUAAUUACUACCUAAAUGUUGUUGCUUUGUUCAUUAUGACAGAAAUUAAGAUGUCUUUAAUUAUUUAGACAAUUUUGGAUUCCAUUUUGCAGCUAUAUUUCUGCAGGUAGGAUGAACACUAAAGGUACAUUGUUUGUGGGUGAUGGUCAGACACAUAGUGAUGUGGAAAUGUCUGUGUUGGAAAGUGUGGAAUGUGGUUUUUCCGGCUCCGGUCAAAAACAAACCCUUGUGUAAGUGCAUGAGAGUUUGAUUUUUUGCUGUUGCUAUUUCUUUUAAAUGUUAUAGUGUUUUACCUUGUGUUAGUUCUGCUAUAAAAGCAAUUUCUCUUAAAACCUAUGUAUGGAAUAAAAAUUGACCUUUCUUAUGCACCAUGCUGGACAUUAAUCACCAAAUUUCAGGUAAUGUUUGUGGAGCUUUUAGGUAAAAUCCCAAUGUGGCUGACACUAAAUGUUGGUUUACACUGGCUAAAACAUGUAAUUGUUGUAAAAAUACAAAUAUAUUUUCAAUAAUAAAUUACUCAAUUUAAA